AUGCCAAGAAGUUGGGGUUGCCACAGGCGGGCAGAUGGCACGGUAUUGGUGCCUAAAUGUCUCCGCCACCCGGAAGAGUGGAUAUGGGUACGGAAGGAAAAGGGAGUGGUUGAGAAAGAAGCUUUCCAGCGUCCAUCCCGACAGCGCCCCCUGCGGCUGACACCAAAAUCCGACCCUGACAAGUCCCCAGACUCCCAAGACGCUGGCUUCAUCCGCUCCCGGCCCAGCGCCAAGUAUUCCUGGCGCAGGGGAGGCAGAUGGCCUCCGCUGAGAGGCCCUCAGGGUGGGCCGGAGCUCUCUGAGCUGGCCAGAGGCCACAGCCCAGAGCAGCUUUGCUGGGGGAAACUGGAAAUUCGACUUCCCCACAGUGAGCGUGGCCAGCUGGAGGCCGCCUCCUGCCAGCUGGCAGAGGAGGGGGGUGGGGGACAGGAAGUAGUGUGGCCAGGCACCUGCCCAGCCCCCCACGUGACAGGAGCCACCGGCAUUUACAGCGUGAAGCCGCUGGAUGCCCCAGUGGAGGUGCUAAGCCACAGAGGCGGUGGGGCCCCGCCAGUCCUGGACAGAUGGAAAGAUGUUAACAACUCGAAAGGAAGACUGAGUUGGCGGAAGGAGCCUGGGCCAGCCCCGGAAGCCCAGGAGUGCCAGCCCAGCCCGCAGCUGACCUGGGCGCCGCACCCCUGCCACGGGAUCCGUUCCAGUCCCCCCAGCAGGGGCAAGGGGGCACUGCAGAGACCCAGCUGA